AUGUCACAACAGGCAGGCUAUUCCCCCAGUUUCAAGCGGCCGGCGGAUAUUUUGCGAAUGAGAAGGAAGAGAGCCAGGAGCGAAGCCAGUGUGGGCAGGAGCUCAAGCGGCCAGGGUUCCACGGCCAGCCCCGGGCGAGGCGGCUCGUCGUCGGGCUGUGUCCGGCCUUUCUCCCCGGGGCCGCUUUUCAGCACUCAGAGCCGAUCCGCUGGAGGAGUUAAACGCAGAAACCCGUUCGCGAAUAUCGAGAACACGUAUAACAGUCCCAAAAAGAGACUGGUCAUUUAUAAUGACGAGGGAGACGCUGCUGUUUUGGACAGUGUUCCCUUCAAAAAGUCGCCGGAAAAGAUGGAAGAGAAGGAGACGUCUGCAAAGAAGGAGAUGCAAGUUUUACCUCUCAGUGAAAUGUUGGCUGAGGCAGAGAGACAAGAAAAUCAAGUGAUCUCCAGCAAGAAACGUCUAACUUUCUCUGAAGAUGACUCGCUGUUUGAUGAAGAGGAGGAGGAACAGGAAAGGACCCCACUGCAUAAGCAGAGCCCCCAGGCCAGUGCUCCUGGUUCCAUAGCUCCUCCUGUCUGCACAGAGUACCCAACAGACUGGAGCCUGAAGACUCGCCUCCUGUUCACCUCCCCGCUCCCUUUCUCAUGGGCAGAGCACCCCAAAGCACAGGAGGAGGCCAAGGGACUGACUCAACACUGCAGAGCUCAACACAGUACCCUGCCACUCCGUAUACAGGACGCCAAGUCAUGCACAGAGCUACGUGCCGCCUUCCAGCAGAGUCUAGUCUACUGGCAGCAUCCCUCCCUGCCUUGGCUCUCUCUCUUCCCCAGGAUCAACGCCGAGAAGAGUUUCACUGGGAAGAGCGCCCCCUGGGCACACGACACAGCACUCCAGCAGAGUCUCAUGAGCGAAUGGUCCGUCAGUCUGUCCUCACUUUACAGUCUGUUGAAGGCCAAGCUGUGUCCAUACUUCUACCUCUGUUCCUACCAGUUCACAGUGUUAUUCAGGGCAGCCGGUCUCAAUGGGUCCAGCAGCAUCACCGCGCUGCUCUCUCCCUCCACCAGGGGUCUCAGAGAGGCAAUGAAGGCUGCAGGCAUUGAGUUCACUCUGCCCCUAGUGGAGGAACGGAGGAAGAGCAGGGAUCAGCACACCUCUGCCUCACAUCAAGGAGGGGAGGACAAGGAGGAGACAGAUUCUUCUGAGUGGAAGAGGAGUGAGAACAGUCAGGGGGAGGAUGGUGACGAUGAUAACAAUGACUAUGAUGAAGAUGGUGAGUUCUCCUGGCUAAAGGAGAUGGGAGUCCAUGACAAGAUCAAGAAACCAGACAGCAUCACUAUACAGCUCCGUAAGGAGCACAAGUCAGUCUCUCUGGACCACAAGCCAGAGUCGCAGGUCCGUGUGGAAGGACCACACACCUUCACCCUCAUCAACUUUCUCAUCAAUUGUAAAAGCCUGGUGGCUGCAGCAGGCUCACAGGCAGGUUUACCCCCGACGCUACUGGCACCUACUCCAUUCAGAGGAGCUACGAUGCAUACACUGAAGGCCCGCAGUGUAAAUGUGAAGACGCAAGUUCGCUCUGCCUUCCAGGAUGUGAGCAGCCUGGAGGUCUCAGGGCCUAUUCUCCCUUCUGCCCUUCAUGCCAUCACAGGCCUCCUCCGACCAGCACAGCGAGGGAGCUUCUCAGCCGCCCUCUACACACACGCACCCACCGCUGUUAUGAACACGCGUUCUGUCAAGGAACAGGUUGACAGUAACUCAGUAGACCUGUCUGCUUGUGGUCUACAGCCACCCACCGUCCAACAGCUACAGCGGCCCUCUACCCUGGGGAAGACCGCCCUGAGACAGAUACACAUGACCAACUACAGCUACACCUGGAAAAACUGACACAGGGAGCAAGAGAGUGUCUGUGUGUCCACGUGUGUGUAUGUAUUCCAUGAGAGAGUGUGUCUUAUGAGAGUUGGUGUUUGUGGAAGUACCUGCCCCUGUGGGUGACAGGUGGAGGAACCACAGCACACUGAAAGGAUUUGUGUGUGUUGUGUGUGCACGUGCACAUUGCCCUCACCCUGUCACAGCCAGGGAAAGGUGAUCCAUAUACA